AUGGUAUUAUCAAUGUUUGGCCAUCACAUCGACGACAAGGAUGUCCUCCAGUUAUUUAAACAGAAACGAUUGGCGAAGAAAAAGUCAUCGCUUUAUGGGAAACUCAAAAUGGUGUUUAUGGCCAUCGAUUCCGUACUCUUUAGUCCAACAAAACUCAUUCAAUUAAAGACACAAAUGAUGGACAAUAAGAAAGACAGUGUUGUUCAUGAAUUGCAACGCCUGUCCACUGCGAACGACAUUUGGAAAGCUUUAUCCGACAAAUUCUUUGAUAUCUCGAAAGACACCCGAUUUCACGGACCCGUCUCUAUGAGCGCAACGCUUAAGAAUAUGGUUUUGAAGUUUGUUUUGGAGAGCGCUUUACCUAAUAAUCCAGAUAUGGAUUCAGAUUAUAAUUUAAUGGUAUCGUCGUGUAAUGACGUGAUCAGCGCUGAAGUGCCCAACAGUUUGCGUGAAAUCGCAAAGUCUAUUAAAGAUAAGCAAUGGUUCCGACAAUUGAGUGAUGAGGAAGCGCUUCAAGUACUGCAAACUGGAAGCGAUGAGUCCUCACAUAAGUUUAGAUACUUUCUCGAUAGACACGGACACAGAGGGUAUCGAGAAUUCGAUCCCAUGUAUCACACGUGGAAAGAAGAUCCGAUUCCUUGUGUCAAAACUAUUAAAGGUUUAUUAUCGGGAAAUGAAUCACAAUUGGAGCCAAAAGUGUCCAAAUCUGUGGAUCAAGUGAUGGAAGUGCUCAAGACUCCGCUUUCAUUCAUUAAGAAAUUAUUGAUACGAAAAGUAUUACUUCCGUGGAGUAGACGUGGAGUCGGAUAUAGAGAGCUAUCAAAAGAAGGUCUGAUCCCAUCCGCCGAGUGUUUCUUCUAUCUCACUGUCAAUGAAGUCGAGGCUCUCUGUAGUGGAGAUAGGGAUCCACUGAUACUCACGAGAGUUAGACAACGGCGAAGACUUUACCCUAAAAUGGAUAAAUACAAGUUCGAAGAGUUUAUUAAAGGACCCGAAAUGAAACCCAGAAAUUUUGAGGACCAAAUUAUACCUCCAGUUUUGAGCUCAGCCGGGAGAUAUUCUGAUCACGUACUCGACGGACAUCGGUUGGAGUCCAUACUUCCCAUUACUUUCGGGUAUAAUCACAGAAAUCGNCUGAUCACGUACUCGACGGACAUCGGUUGGAGUCCAUACUUCCCAUUACUUUCGGGUAUAAUCACAGAAAUCGGUGGAACGAUAUCUCACGGGGCAGUCAUUGCCCGCGAAUACGGGAUCCCGAGUCUGAUAGCAGUGGAGGGCGCGUGUCGUGCCUUCAGGACCGGCGAUAUCUGUCUAUUGGACACUAAGACACAGACCAUCACUAAAAUAGAGUAA